AUGGUGUUCACUUGUUAACUCAAACUGGAACAGUAGAGAGUCGUUGGAUUUCUGCACAUCAUCUCUUGAGGUUUAUAGGUUGGAUUCAGUACUGAAUAUUCGAUUUAGCCAUCUGUUAACUAAUGGGAGAGGGUAGGCCGAUUUGGAUUACUGCUGUUCUGGGUGUAGUGAGGGUGUGCCUUUAUGGAUAUGAAGCUAUCACAUGGAUUGUAUGGAAGCUUACUGUGAACCCACGGCAACGCAGGGCAAUAUCAAACCGCAUAAAGGCGGUGCCUACCAGCGAUGAGCCUGGUGCACCGUGGCGAGAUGUGGACUAUCCCGAGCUCACCACGACUCUGUUUCCCGAGUGUCAGACACUGGACGAGCUGUUCAUGCGAACGGUGAGCCUUCACGGCCCGCAGCCUUGCCUCGGAACAAGGGAGAUCUUCUCGGAGGAAGAUGAAGUCCAGCCGAACGGCAAAGUCUUCAAGAAGUUGGUACUCGGUAAUUACAAAUGGGAGAGCUUUGAUCAAGUGCAAGACAGAGCAUGUAACUUUGGUAGUGGCCUGCAAGCUCUUGGACAGCAGGCUAAGGCAAAGAUCGUUAUAUUCUCGGAGACACGCGCGGAGUGGAUGGUCGCAGCACAGGGAUGCUUCAUCUACAAUUUCCCAGUCGUGACGCUGUACUCGACGCUCGGAGACGACGCCGUGAAGUACGCCGUCAACCAGACAGAUGUCUCGCACAUCAUCACCAGUUUUGAACUGCUGCCCAAGCUGAAGUCGAUCGUCAAGGACAUGCCAACAGUGAAGCAUCUCAUCUACUUUACAAACCAAUUGGGAAAAACAGAUGAGUCAGGAUUUCCUGAGGGUGUCACGGUCAAUUCGAUGGCUGCUGUCGAACAACUAGGAGUCACAAAGCUGGAAGUGAAGCCUGUCAAGCCCUGCAAAGAUGAUAUCGCACUCAUCAUGUACACGAGUGGAUCCACGGGAGUCCCUAAAGGAGUCAUAAUGGCGCAUGGAAAUUUGAUGGCAGGAAUGUCAGGACAGUGUACUCGCAUACUGGACCUGGGGGGGCUGAAGAAGCGAUUGGAUAAAUUUAUGGACAAACAAGCUGGCCCAGCUAAGACACCCGCCGAGACACCUGCCAAGAAACCUGCCAUCACAUCAGAUCAGACACCUGCCGAGACACCAGUUCGACCUUCAGCCAAAACCCCUGCGAAGACACCAGCCAAAACCCCUGCGAAGACACCAGCCAAAACCCCUGCGAAGACACCAGCCAAAACCCAUGCGAAGACCUUCAGCCAAAACCCCUCCCAGCUAAAAACGCCUAGGAGACACCAGCCAAAACCCAUGCGAAGACCUUCAGCCAAAACCCAUGCGAAGAUACCAGCCAAGAAGCCUGUGAAGACACCAGCCAAGAAGCCUGUGAAGACACCAGCCAAGAAGCCUGUGAAGUCACCAGCCAAAACCCCUGCGAAGACACCAGCCAAAACCUCUGCGAAGACACCAGCCAAAACCCCUGCGAAGACACCAGCCAAAACACCUGCGAAGACACCAGCCAAAACCCCUGCGAAGACACCAGCCAAAACCCCUGCGAAGACACCAGCCAAAACACCUGCGAAGACACCAGCCAAAACCCCUGCGAAGACACCAGCCAUCCAAGGAUCCAUCGUUUUACUCAUGCCAGUACGGUUUAUGGCCGCCAACCACCAUCGUCUUCGCCUGUCUGACAUUUCUUUUGUCACUUCACCUUGUUUUGUGAUCACAAGAGGCAGCCUAAAAAAGCUGUGUGACUCUCUCGGAUACCGAUUGCUGCAAUUGACAACACCGCAGGAGAUCGGCAUGUUGGCCGCCGUCCCGGUGAUUUUGGACCGCAUGUACAAGAUUGUGCAUGAGAACGUAGCAGCGGGUGGAGACCUGAUGGAGGCCGUAUUUGAGCUGGCUUACACCUACAAGGCGCGGAGGCUUGAGCGUGGCUACAACACACCUGUGUUCAACAAGACCAUAUUCAAGAAGGUUCGUGAAAUUCUUGGAGGUCGGAUUCGCAUGAUGCUGGUAGGGGGCGCUCCGCUCUCGGCGGAGACUCAGCGCUUCAUGAACAUAUGCUUCUGCUGUCCCGUCGCUCAGGGAUAUGGUCUUACAGAAACGUGUGGGGCCGGCACCAUCUGUGAAGCGAGCGACUUGAGCACAGGUAGAGUCGGGGCACCACUGAGCUGCAACUACGUGAAGCUGUCCAACUGGGAAGAAGGCGGCUCCGAACACGACAAGCUCCGAACCCUGCGCCGGAAGAUCCUGCCGCGCCUGGGGGGAGACAUCGGUGGAGAUUCUGCCUCCGACGGUAGCAUGCGCAUCAUCGAUCGUAAGAAGGACCUGGUCAAGCUUCAGGCAGGAGAGUACGUAUCACUGGGCAAAGUUGAGACAGCAAUGAGUCGCUGCCCUCUGGUGGAGAAUAUCUGCGUGUAUGCGGACAGCAGGCAGCAUUACGCUGUGAGUCUUGUCGUGCCAGCGAGGAAGGAGCUUAUCAAGCUGGGAGAGUCUCUAGGAAAGAAUGGCAUCGAUUAUCAGCUCCUCUGCAAGGACAAGGACAUAGAGAAGGAAGUAAUGAAGAUGUUGGCCGCGUACGGCAAGAAAGGUAAGCUGGAGAGAUUCGAGAUCCCGCAGCGCGUGAACCUCUGCGCCGAGGCUUGGACGCCGGAGAUGGGCCUCCUCACGGACGCGUUCAAGCUGAAGCGUCGCAACAUCACCGACCACUACAAGCAGGAGCUACUGCAGAUGUACUCGUAAGGUCAAGGGCGCGUCGCCGCGGCAACAACGGCGCGCGUGCCGCGCGUGUCCUCUGAGCCGUGGAAUUCGAACCGUGUGCGCUUGGCUUGGGGCCGAGAGAUCGGGCGCCGUCGGCCGCACGGCGAGUAGGCCAGGGGUUCGGUUCGGCGGUUUUGUCGGUCGAAUGCGGAUUGCGACGCGAAAACUUACGUUGCUCACACGGCGAAUCCGCGCUUAUAGUGACGCGUCGUAGAACGACAUUCCCUGCUUCCUUUCUGCGUGUUUUGUCCUUGUAGCUCCUCAAGGUGUGUCAGAGUAAGUAGACUAAAGAAGUGGUGUAGCGAAUGAAUGGAUGCACGUUAAUAGAAACGGGUGGUCAAGUAUCAAGUCCUCUUGCCGGUUGUCUCAUUAAUCAAGUGCAAAGCACUGUGCAUAGGUUUUCGAUGCAUAGAGAAGAUCUAGUGAAAGGGUGGCCAGGUAUCAAGUCCCCUUGGCGGUUGUCUCUUUAGUCAAGUGCAAAGCGCUGUGCACAAGUUUGUAGUGCAUACAGAAUAUCUAGUGAAAUGAAGGGUUCGGGACAGGUUUAUGUUGAGGUAUUCAUUCUUUCUUCACCUUAUGAGUCAAUGGUACGAACAUAUAUAUUUUCGUCGCGUGGUCCAUUCUGUUUAUGGGUGCGUAAGCAUAUUGUUGAUUAUAAUUGCUCAUUUUUGUCGUCAGUCCCGUCUGAAAUGUGGCCAAAACGUCGCCAACCGCAAUGUCAUUUUGUUAGGGUGUGUCACUAAUUAAGAGAAAAUCCCAUUGCUCUUGUCUGCGUGCCGUGUUCAGGUAUCUUUUAAUUGUUACGUAAUACUUGCAGAAGUAACUUUAAUUAACUGCUGCACAGACGAACGUUAUCGUAUUCAAUUGUCAGACGUUGUAGUCAUUAUAAUCGCUUCAUGAAGGUACGUUACUGUAAUACACAAGGCUUCAGCCGCUACGUUGGACCUACAAUAUGAAUUCUCUUGAAAACCAGAUCGUAGACACUAACGUGUAAAAGAAAUAAAACUACGCUUGCUCUUGUCUCGCCCAUGGU